AAUAAUAAAUGGCAUAUAGAUAGUUUAUACAUGUAAUUUUAUAGUUACUUUACCAUUAUCACAAUCAAUGAAAAUGUGAUAAAUAAUUUUCAUUAAUUAUUAAUGGACUGUUUAUUAAAAGUUUAUAUAGCGUUUAAAUAUUGGUUGUAAAACAUCUAAAUUAAAAUGUGUGUCAGUACCACUUUGUAAAUAGUUAAUAUUUGGUUUAUAAACCAUCUAUAAACAUUACUUAGAUGGUUAUUGUAAAGUUAGGGUUAGGUUUUUAAAACUGUAAAAUUUACAAUUUAUUAAUGGUCUAUAUGCUAUUUAUAAAUGAUGAUUAAACAUUAAUAAACUAUCUACUUACUGUUUAUAAAUGGUCUAUUUAUCAUUUAUAAAUUAUGGUUAUUGUAAAGUGUUACUGACAUUUAGGUUAUCAGGCUUAAUGAACAUUGUCAAGAGACAUUUUUUCUAACUUGCUUUGAACAGUCUGUGUAAAUAGAGGACAGUGAACAACCUAAUUUAGGGAUUAUCUGCCAAUCUAUGUUAGGCAAUCUAGUUUCAAACCUUUUUUGUUUAGUCUAGGAUUAAGAAUCAAAGACAUUUGAACCACCAGGGCACAUUAGUUCUUGAGCCAGCAGAGAUAAGAAGAGUUUAAAGGUGUUUCAGAAAGACUUAAAGGGGAGAAUGACUCAAAAGAGCUGAGACACCACACCACACCACAGUACAAAUUUCCUAAUGAGAUAUAUCAUAUCCAUUGUUCUAUCCAGGUGUGUUUCAGAUAAUAACCACUCACAUGUGUUACCAAACCGAGAGCAGAGAUUAAAUAUUUCCUAACUGUAGUUUCCUAACUCUGCUCUCUGUGAAUAAGAUCACAUUCUGUUGCUGUAUAAAAGAAGGUCGCACAUUCAGAUCUGCACUACAACCUUCACCACCAUCUCCAGUAUACUCUUCUGAAGUUGUGAGGACUUGAAGGUAAAUUCCUGUACCAUUUUUUGAUUGAUUGUUCUUCCAGAUUUAGAGAAGGUAAAUGAUCGGUAAAAAGCAGUUGUUUUGUUUUCCAUUCAACAGGUGUGAUCGCUGUAACCAUGCUGAAGAUAGCACUUGUUCUUGGAUGCCUCCUGAGCCUGGCUUUUGCUCAUCCCGUAAGUCCAAUAUAUUCACUUGUAAUACGAUUGUUUUUCAUGUUCAUGGUAUGAACGUCUUGGUGAAACACAGAAAACUAUGAUGGAGGAAAUGUCAAACUUUGUGGUUCUUCCUCAGGACAUGCAGCGCAGACGAUUUGCUCGGUCUAGCUCUAGCUCUGGCCAAGAUUCAGACUCAGAUGAAGUGAGUGCUCUCUCUAAUGACCAAAAACUCAACAUUAAUUCAGUCUGAAAUGCAAUGACUGUUAUGCUGUGAAUAAAUGACUCUUUUUUUGUUUUUUUGUAGACCACCACUUCUACCACCACCACCACCACUGCUAACCCCACUGCCACCACCGCUGCCACCCUACCCCAAUUAAAUUCACAGCAGUUGGCUGCACUGCUCCAAGCCUUACAAGCCCUAAUGAAUUCAAGUGGAUAACAGCCAACUGCCUGCUUAUGCAUCCCUGAUGUGAAUUCAGUGUCUUAAUAUAAAACAUGAGUCAAAUGUGAAAAUGACUUUUGACACCAGCUUUGUUUUGCAGUGGUUUGUGACGACUCCUGUUGUCUGUUUUCAAACUUGUAAAUCAUGUUUUUGUCAAAUGUAAAAUAACUUUGACUCUGCAGCAUCUACAAAAUAAACAAAAACAAAAAAAAAAUUGCUGUCAAACUUGUUCUCUUUUCUCAUUUUCUGAUAACAUUGAUGAUGUUUGAUUAAGUGUAUGUGAAACAUGGAAACAAUCCGAUCGUUUCCACACCUUUAUAGUUUCCUGUAUAACAUUUCUGUCUGUAUAAGAUGCCAUUAAGCAUAUUACACAUCUUGACACAUGAUGCUGCAAGUGAACUAACUACUGUUGCAUUCAAUAUAUUUCCAAUCAGUGCAACCCAGCAUAAUCUAACAUCAAGAGAAAUACACAUAACAUUAAAACAGAUGAGGAAGUAAAAGCCAGACCAAACAAGUGCGUCUCAAGUUACUAUUUAAAGGAAUCGACAGUGUCUACUGAUCUUAAACCAAAAGGAAGUGAGUUCCAGAGAGUGGGAGCAAUGACCAUGAAAGCACAGUCUCCUUUGGUUUCAUAUCUGGAGUGUGAAACAGCUGGAAGACCCUGAUCGGAGGACCUAAGAGUCCCACCUGGGGUUGUAAGGUUUUGA